AUGCUACGGAAAGCAACCAAUGGGUUCUCGGAGACUCUGGUGAGGAAGGCGGACGGGGAAGACGUGUACAUAGUAAGACUAAGAGAUGGAGCAGAAAUCGAGGUUCAUGUGCAGAGAGGAAAUGCUUUUCGUCGAACGUUCGGCGAAGAUUGCAGGAUUCUUGCGCAACUGAGGCACAAGAACGUAGCCAAGGUGAUCGGGUGGUGCGAUCGGAGGGAUAUGCAAGCUGUAGUGACGGAAGGCGUCCAUGUCCGCAGCGUGGAGGAGUGGUUGGUGGUGGCUCCGCCAUGGAAGCAAAGGCUGAAGGUGAUGAUGGGGGUCAUGGACGGCAUCUGCUACCUCGACGAACACUGGCCUCGCGUUGGGUACGACCUGAGGACCAGAAGCGCAUUGCUGAGGGAAGACAUCGAGCCUUCGAUCUGCAAGUUCAAGGUCCGAAAUCCGGAUUCCGAAUCCACGAACGUAUACUGGCUCGGCAUGUUCGUCUUGGAGGUGGUGGCCAACAAGAGGCCAAGGGAAGCUUUGGAAGCAAGCGAAACAGGGUUCAUAGAUUGGGUGAGGCUGAAGUGUCCUGCACAGAUCAAGAAGGUGGUGGAUGAGAAGAUGAAGAAGCUCACUGCGGCUUCUUUCGAGCAAAUCAAGCAGGUCACCGCCAUCGCCUUGGAGUGCACCGACGUAUCAGCCGAGGGAUCGCCGACCAUGAAGCACGCCUCGAGGAUGCUUCGUAGAGCUUGUGUACCGAGCUCGGCGCAGGCCGUUCAUGGCCAUCAUCAUCAUCACCACCAUCAUCAUCAACAGGCAUGA